UGCUACCCUUCUGAACGCCGCUCUCGCCAUGUUGGUGGCCCAUAUUUCGUAGAGUAAGAGAUCUCUCCAUAGCAACGCACUGAAAGGUGAAAAGCCUCGCUGCUGUAGAAGCGCAGACUCAACCGCCACGACAGCAUCGUCGCGCAACAGCUAGUCAAACCACACUCUCAUCGUGUCUUUACUGGAUCUGGAUAGCGGUGACAUAGCACGAUGUCUUCAAAAGCACCGCCACGAACUAGCUCCUCGAGCAACAAGCAAAAUCCACUGCAGACGCUGCUCGAGGCAUAUUCGCAAGACACGCCGCUGAAGCUCAAGAUGAUCGACGCCUUCCUUGUAUUCCUCAUUCUUUCGGGCGUCAUGCAGUUCGCGUAUGCAAUUCUCGUCACCAGCUUCCCAUUCAACAGCUUCAUCGCAGGGUUCGCAUCGACUGUUGGGCAAUUCGUCUUGGCCGCCUCAUUACGGAUACAGGCGAACCCAGAGAAUGGGAAGACAUUCACAAAGAUAUCACCAGAACGCGCCUUCGGAGACUUUCUAUUCAGCUCUGUCAUUCUCCACUUUUUUGUAGUCAACUUCUUAGGGUGAAUGGAGCAUCGAGCCCAAUCUGAA